AUGUCGACCGACACGACUGAGUCCAGCACAGAUGAAGAGACCAGCAAAUUAACUAUCGACGACCCAAAGGUUAAGGCUCAUGUCGAGAAACUCCACAAACAACUCUUGAGAAUACUAGACGGAGGAGUACACGGGCGGGAGCAGACUCCGUUGCUGACGUACAUUCAAGCCAUCGUAGGCAAAUGGCAUGGAGACUUGCGGAACUGCACAAGUGCCUCGUUGAAACCGAUCUCGGCCUCAGUGCAACGCCAGAUACUUCAAGACAUCUUCAUGGAAAGGUCCGAGGUUGUCGCAGAUGUCCCAAUGCACUUGUUGGAUCAUACAAAAGUACCCACUCAACCUAAGGAUCUACUCGUGCACGCUGCCGACCGGUCUACAAAUACACCACUUCACACAAACGUUCAAGGAAACCAAGAUGAAGUUUUCACGAUGGAGGCAGAUGUACUAGCUGCCAUACAACUAGCAGACCAUGACCCAGCAUACCCAUCUGACGAAGAAGAAUUUCACGACGAUGUAUUUCACAUCGAACAGAACAUUUUUCGGCUCCAGACUAUGCUGGACAAUAACAAUGUGUUCUCCAACAACAAUCCCGACAAGACAGACUAUGAACAAGCUUGCGAGCUGCUGGAACUUGAUCCCGUACGUCCGAUGCUUCGUACUGGCGAUGACCCUGCGAGUCCCGAGGUCGAAAUACUGCCGCACCAAGUCACUGCUGUCAAAUUUUUCGAUGACAUACUCAGCCGGACGAACCUUAGAGGCGGUAUCCUGGCCGACUCCACGGGGCUUGGGAAGACUUUUACGGCGCUGCUCAGUAUCAACUACCUCGCCAAGAAGCGUGCCAAGGAGAAUGCACCUUACAAACCAUUUUUGUCAUUGCGCCUUCCAACGACAUCAACGGUCAGUGAGCAUGUGCUCUGCUCUCUUACCUCCGAUGACCUCGCCGCUGGACUGUCCGGAGAGUUGCCAGAAGAUCAUCCCAAUGACUUUAGCUCUGCCAGAUCAUCUACCGCCUCCAAGAUAAUCCUGAUCAGUUACGAUCUGUUGAGCAACGAACAGAUUCCCACUGGCUGUGGAGGAUGUGUCGUCCUGGACGAGGCGCAUAACAUCAAGGAUAUGGAUGCAGCCGCAUUUAAGGCGACAUUGAGCCUCGACGUCAAUAACUAUAUCUUUUUGACUUCGGCACCCAUUAAUAGCCCCGAGGACCUACAAGCGUACCUUCGACUUCUCCAACCUCGGAAUUACAAGCCCAAAUGGCCUGAUUCUGCUAUGCUCGACGAUGAGGAUUUUGUCUCCUAUUACAGUGAGCUAGGUGAUCAAGACGAGAGUUUGCUCAAUGCUGACCUUUUUCGCAUGUUUCUAAACAUGCAGGAUAUGUUGAACACCACAGCGGCUGACCGGGUACUUACCCCCAUACUCAGGCUGAUCCAGCUACGUCGCACUGUCACUUCCAUAAUUAAUCGACCGCACCAAUACGGAGGUGAUUUCAGUGUCGCUCAGUGUAUCGCGCCUCGCCGCGCAUACAUGGUCGAGUUGCAGCCACACAAGUCUGAACGAACAGACAACAACAACAGAGUUAAUAAUACCUGGACCCAACAGUACCCAGAUGAAGUUGAUGAACCGACCUACAGAUCUGUCCUUCAUCAUUUGGUCCUUUCGAACGGAUUCACGGGCCUUGGGGGGCUGCAUCACCCAGUCGACCUCCAGGAAAGAGCCCUGGAAGGAUUAGACCCGGCAGACCAUGGCCUCUCUUUCCUUAUUACUAUGGUCAUAACCGACCCAUGGGCGCCUGCCAAUAUUCUCGAAGAGCCAGAAGAAAGACUGGCUUAUAUUUGCAGGCGCUCCGCCAAGCUGUGUGCACUGGCAGGUAUCUGUGAUUUACACAUUGUCAAGCGUAAAGAGCGGAUGAUCGUGGUUACAGAGACCCCGGAGUUCCAAUGGAUCGUGGAGAGCUUCGCGCUCCUUUGCGGGUUUAAUGUUGCAAGCAUCAAGGAAGACACACCGGCGGAGGAGCGUGAAGCCAUCACUGAUGCGUUCAACGACCCAGAUGUGACUGAGUACCAAAUACUUAUCUCCACUGGGGACUUGAUCCGGCAGGGUCUCAACCUGCACAACCACUGCUGGGUCAUGGCGAUUAUGGAUCCUCCACGGAGCGCUUCACACGCUCAAAGGCUUCAGACACGUCUUUACCGCAUCGGCCAAGCGCACCCUGCUUACAUCUAUACGCUGCACAAUCGCCACAGUGUCGACGAAUUCAUCCAAGGACACAAUGCGGAGAAGGUCCACGACUGGCUCACCGCUCUCGCUAGGCAUUUCUACGAGCCCGACAUCGCGAACACGGAGGAAGAGGUCGGCAUAGAUCUCUCAGACAUGAAGGAGGAAAUGUUGGACGACUGCAUCAAUUCACUCUUUUGCUCGUUGUUCGGCCAGUCCACUUCUUACAACACUGAUGAAUACCGCGACCCGGCGAAACUUGUUCCAUAG